UGUUUUGUGGUUCACAAGCGGUGCCAUGAGUUUGUUACUUUUUCUUGUCCGGGUGCGGAUAAGGGACCUGACACCGACGACCCGAGGAGCAAGCACAAGUUCAAAAUCCACACGUAUGGAAGCCCGACGUUCUGCGAUCACUGCGGGUCCUUGCUGUAUGGACUCAUCCACCAAGGGAUGAAAUGUGACACCUGUGACAUGAAUGUACACAAGCAGUGCGUGAUAAACGUCCCCAGCCUCUGUGGCAUGGAUCACACGGAGAAGCGAGGGCGCAUCUACCUGAAGGCUGAGGUCACUGAUGAGAAGCUGCACGUCACAGUACGAGAUGCAAAAAAUCUAAUCCCUAUGGAUCCAAAUGGGCUUUCAGAUCCUUAUGUGAAGCUGAAGCUUAUUCCUGAUCCUAAAAAUGAAAGCAAACAAAAAACCAAAACCAUCCGCUCUACACUCAACCCCCAGUGGAACGAGUCCUUCACGUUCAAAUUAAAGCCUUCAGACAAAGACCGACGACUGUCUGUAGAAAUCUGGGACUGGGAUCGAACAACACGAAACGACUUCAUGGGAUCCCUGUCCUUUGGUGUUUCCGAGCUGAUGAAGAUGCCAGCCAGUGGAUGGUACAAGUUACUUAACCAAGAAGAAGGCGAGUACUACAAUGUACCCAUCCCGGAAGGGGACGAAGAAGGAAACGUGGAACUUAGGCAGAAAUUCGAGAAAGCCAAGCUUGGCCCCGCGGGGAACAAAGUUAUCAGCCCUUUGGAAGACAGGAAACCUUCCAACAACCUUGACCGAGUGAAGCUCACGGACUUCAACUUCCUCAUGGUCCUGGGAAAAGGGAGCUUUGGGAAGGUGAUGCUUGCUGACAGGAAGGGCACAGAGGAGCUGUACGCGAUCAAGAUUCUGAAGAAGGACGUGGUGAUCCAGGAUGACGACGUGGAGUGCACCAUGGUGGAGAAACGCGUACUGGCCCUGCUGGACAAGCCCCCGUUCCUGACACAGCUCCACUCCUGCUUCCAGACAGUGGAUCGACUCUACUUUGUCAUGGAAUACGUCAACGGAGGGGACCUCAUGUACCACAUCCAGCAAGUCGGGAAGUUUAAGGAGCCACAAGCAGUAUUCUAUGCAGCAGAGAUUUCAAUCGGCUUGUUCUUCCUCCAUAAAAGAGGAAUCAUUUAUAGGGAUCUCAAGCUGGAUAACGUCAUGCUGGAUUCGGAAGGGCACAUCAAGAUUGCCGACUUUGGGAUGUGCAAGGAGCACAUGAUGGAUGGCGUCACCACCAGGACCUUCUGUGGGACUCCUGAUUACAUCGCCCCGGAGAUAAUCGCUUAUCAGCCGUAUGGGAAAUCCGUGGACUGGUGGGCGUACGGCGUCCUGUUAUAUGAGAUGCUAGCUGGCCAGCCUCCCUUUGACGGUGAAGAUGAAGAUGAACUCUUCCAGUCUAUAAUGGAGCAUAACGUUUCCUAUCCGAAAUCCUUGUCCAAGGAGGCCGUUUCCAUCUGCAAAGGACUGAUGACGAAACACCCCGCCAAGCGGCUGGGCUGUGGGCUGGAGGGCGAGAGGGACGUGAGAGAGCAUGCUUUCUUCCGGAGAAUCGACUGGGAGAAGCUGGAGAACCGGGAGAUCCAGCCGCCCUUCAAACCCAAAGUGUGUGGCAAAGGAGCAGAAAACUUUGACAAGUUCUUCACGCGAGGGCAGCCCGUCCUCACGCCGCCCGACCAGCUGGUCAUUGCUAACAUAGACCAGUCCGAUUUUGAAGGGUUCUCGUAUGUCAACCCCCAGUUUGUGCACCCCAUCAUACAGAGUGCAGUAUGAAACUUACCCCCCUAACACCCCGAGAACAACAGCCUCCCCAGACCCCAACCCCACCAGCAGUGGGAAAUGAUCCUUAACCCUAAAAUUUUAAGGCUAUGGCCUUUUUCUUAUUCCAGGUGGAGGCCUGAAAAUUGUAGGGUUAUUAGUCCAAAUGUGAUCAAUUAACUGUUCAGGGUCUCUCUCUUCCAAUCAAGGAGUAUUAUCUUAGCGG